GUAGAAAAAGUAACUCCAUCCUUAAAAGCUCUUUGACAUUCUGUCAGACUGCAUACUAUCAUGUGUGACAGCUCCUGAAUUUGACAUGUUGUACUUGGCUUUACUAGUGACAGUACAAAAAUGCUACCAAUUCAAAAAAAAAUUUGGAAGUGCCUUUAUUUCCGCAGUCAUUUCAUCAGGUCUUCAGUACAGAUCACAGGCCAGUGGAGACACAGUUACAUGCCAGAAAAAGGUAAUAAGAACAUGCAUGAAGUCUUCCAGCUGGAAAGGACAGAGGGAUUCACAUGAUUGUCAUCUUCAAGUUCAUGUGACUGGCGUAAAGGGAACACACAGAUACAUAUGUGAGGAAGUGAGACACAGAGAGCAUGUGUUGCUGAAUGCUCUCCCUUGUGUGUCUCAUGUAUGUGUAAAGACUUUAGCUUUAGGCAACUCUGCACUGUGAUUUCCUCUGCCUGCCUAAUUUAUAAGAAACCCUUUUUCCUGCUUUUUUCUGUGCAUGUUGGUGCAAAUCCUCAAAUGUCUGAACACCCACUGAAAGUCUGAGUUGAGUGUGCCGCUUGUUACUAGUAGGCCAGUUAGAGACCAUGCAAGGUGUUGAGUGCAGCAGCUCUCAGCACCCUUUGGACUUCGUAUUAAGUAGCUGUGAAAAAUUCCUUAAACAAAGUUUGUGCUUCAGUAAAAGAGGUCAGAACGGACGGUUUGUACCUCUUUAUUGGAUUAGGAAGCAUUGAAUGUUAAUUAUAAAGCUGCUUAGUGAAAUGCUUGGGCAACCGUAAGAAACGGUUAUAAGGUAUUCCAGUCAUGCUGCCGUCUUGUCCAUGCGUGUUUUCCUUCUGUGAAUGGUAAUCCUACAAUGAACCUCUCAGUGGGGUUCUGUUCAUACAACAUUCACUUGUUCAUCUAGAGAAAGAGGUUUUGUCUGCACACACAUGUUGGCAGCAUUCUGCAUGUUUGCUAAUCCUGGAUUAGGAUUGUUUUAGUGCUGCACCAAACGAGGAAAAUCUGCGAUGUGCGAUAACAUUGUUCCAUAUUAAUAAGACGAUAUGACUUGCAAUAAACAAACAUAAAUAGAUCUUGCCACCUCAGUUUACCAACUUUUUUAAAACGUUCACACCUGCCUAUCUUUAAUUUGACUUUGUGGUGAAUAUUGAUUGAGUUGACCAUGUGUAAAAUCUGGGGUCAUAGGUAUCAUCAGUUUUUAACUUAAAAACUAAAGAAGGGGAUGUCAUGUCCAUUUUUGCGUUCAUUUCUUCAUGACAAUCUGUAGAGCGAUGUUUCAAGUGCAUAGCUUGAGAAAUAAUGUAAUUAAGUCCUGAAGUUUUGUCAGCUCAUUUAGACGUACAUAUGGUAUUCUAUGUUUGUGUUUUUUUCUAUUCCGAUAUUCCACCAUCCGUAAAACUUUUAUUUUUCAAACUACGUGGCAAAUUUUUCCCCCUGUGAUUGGCACCAAUAGGAACUGUAAUUUUACACCAUUAUGUAACUUUUUCUAUUAUUCUGUCAAAGCAGGUUGUACCACUGAAGACCAUAUGUACAUAUCAACAAACCUGCAAAAUUUCAGGACUUUAGCUAAGUUAGCUGUCAAGUUUCUGCACUUCAAGCAUUGCAAAACUUGUCUUUAUGAAUUUUGAACUCAAAAACUAAUACUUAUGACCCGAGAUGUUACACAUGCUCAACUCAAUCAAUAUUCACCAUUAAAAAAAAAUAAAAAAUCUGUCAAAUUGAGGAUAGUUGGACGUGAAUUGAGGUGAAUGAUUCAUAUUGAGGUGUGUUUGUUCCCUAUGUUUUUUGGCUUUGAACAAAGAAAUGCAGUGAGUUAUUUUAUCGAACACAUAGAAUGUGAAUACCCAACCAGUUAAAUAAUUUAAAUAAUCAUUAUUGUUAAAGGAAAUUAGACUUUGAUGUACCCCACUCCCUUUAAAAUAGUUUCUACUGAACUCAACAGAAAUCUUUUAACAUUUUCCUCACUCUUUGCUCCAUCCCCAACCAUUGAACUAACUGACCAAAUCAAUUAAAAUCACACCAAUUAAGGGCAAUUGACGGCAGGCUGGAGAUUAAUCCAGGUGUAAAAUGGUGUGAAUACGUGGCCCAUGUAUCCGGGGCUCCGUGUUGACUUGCUGAGUGUGAAUGCAUGCAAUGUGUAAAUAUAAAGUUUUUCCUAUUCAUUGCAUUUCAGGCAGUAUUUUGAAAUGUGCUUAUUGCAGAUCUUCGUAUCGUGAUGAUGAUGGAAACAAGAUUUAGCAGUCAGCUGUGGUUGUUCUGUUGAUAGAGGUUGAAAUGCAGCAUCAUUCAUUGUGGAACAAUAAGCAAAACUCAAGAGACUGUCAACAACACACUGGGCAAAAUUAAAAUUAAUAAUAAUGGUUUGGCAGUUUUCUCUGUACAAGGAUUUCUGAUUGAGAAUUUACAAAAGAUCUUUUCUCUUCAGCACUCUGAUAUGGUGUGUUGAGUGCUACACAGCUAGAACACAGCUCAUGGAAAGAGAAGCUGCUUUUCUGUAGCGCAACAGUCUGUGCAUAGCUGCUGCCACGUGCCCUUGUUUGAAGUUUUACGCUCAAAGUUUGUUGAGGCUUUUGCAAAUUGUAACACCGUAUUCUGCAUAAUUUACAGAGUAAAGUCUCAUUCUGCACUUUGUAGUAUCUCAAUCAAGGACACUUUUUUCUUCACCUAUACAUUUUGGUUUUCUUUUGUCCCAUGUCUCUUCUACCUUUUCUGCAUUGCCCUGUGGUAUACCGACCACAAGACAGUGUGGUGAGACCCAGUAGUACUUUUCUUCACUGCCCAUGUUGGCACAUUACUGACAGCCUUCCAGUGUGAACUACAAGCAUUAAUGCACAAAAUGUUGCAACAACAAUGUUGAUUCUGGGAAAAGGCACAGAUAGACACCACAAAAUCCAUCCAUUCAUUAUCUAUAUACCGCUUAAUCCUCAUUAGGGGCUGGAGUCUAUCCCAGCUGACUUAGGGUGAAGGUAGGGAACGCCCUGAACAGAUCACCAGUCUAUGACAGGGCGACACACAGAGACAAACAAUCACUCUCACAUUUAUACCUACGAACAGCUUAGAAUAAUCAGUGAGCCUCAGCAUAUUUUUGGACUGUGGGAGGAAGCCGGAGAGCACAGAUAAAACCCCCACAUGCACAAGCAGAACAUGCAAACUCCAUGCAGAAAGAUCCCGGGCCCAGACCAGGAGGUGAACCGGAUUUCUUCUAGCUGCAAGGCAAUGGUGCUAACCACAGAGCCACUGAGCGGCCUCCAUCACAAUAUGUUCCUUGCCGCCUUGUCCUUUGCCUACUUUGCCAAGGCUUUGUCUGGCAGCUACAUGAAGAGCACAAUUACACAACUAGAAAGACGAUUUGACAUCCCCAGCUACCUGAUCGGCAUCAUAGAUGGGAGCUUUGAAAUAGGGAAUUUGCUGGUAAUUGCCUUUGUGAGUUAUUUUGGUGCCAAGCUCCACCGACCCAAGAUCAUAGCAAUUGGCUGUAUCUUGAUGUCUUUUGGGACCUUCUUGAUUGCCAUGCCUCAUUUCAUCAUUGGCCGCUAUAAGAUCGAAACAUCUAUUAGAUCUUCAGUGAAUUCAACCAAUAACCUCUCUCCAUGUCCAGCAAGCUCACCUGAAUCUUCCAGGGCAGGUGACAGACCAUCUAUACUGCCCUCCAGAGCUGUAGGCUGUGAGCGAGAGUCCAGUGUGUCGAUGUGGAUCUAUGUGUUGCUGGGGAACAUCCUGCGUGGGAUUGGAGAGACUCCAGUGCAGCCGCUGGGAAUCUCCUACAUAGAUGACUAUGCCCAGACUGAGAACGCUGCUCUCUAUAUUGGUUGCGUCCAAACUAUAUCAGUUAUUGGUCCUGUGUUUGGGUACCUGCUUGGAUCACUGUGUGCCAAAAUCUACGUUGAUGUUGGCUAUGUGGACAUGGAAACUAUCACCAUUACCCCUGGUGAUGCCCGCUGGGUGGGAGCCUGGUGGCUCGGCUACCUCAUCGCUGGUGCCAUCACCCUCAUGUCUGCUGUUCCUUUCUGGUUCCUACCUAAAUCACUGCCGAUGCCUGUGGAGAAACACGAUGGCAACUGCACCCCAGAGCAAACCAGGUUUAUCAAAGAUUCCCCAACCAUGGAGCACAAGUUCAGACCGGAGGAGCCGCCUAAUUUACAUCUGAUGGCUAAUGAAUUUGUACCCACAUUGAAGAGUCUCCUUGGAAAUCCCGUGUACAUCGUCUACCUAUGUGUGACCAUCAUCCAGUUCAACUCUCUCAUCGGUAUGGUCACCUACAAACCCAAAUACAUCGAGCAACACUACGGCCAGUCAGUAUCAAAAGCCAAUUUUCUCAUGGGCAUGAUCAACAUCCCGGCUGUGGCUGUUGGGAUGUUCUCUGGAGGAGUUGUCAUGAAGAAGUACAAGCUGGGUAUCAUGGGAGCAGCUAAAUUUGCUUUUGGCACCUCCCUGGUGGGCUACCUCUUGUCACUCCUUUUCUUAGCCUUGGGCUGUGAGAACUCAAAGGUGGCAGGCAUCACAGCGUCGUACACCGGAGCGGAAGGCUUGUCUUAUCAGGAACUUUCUCUCUUCUCUGACUGUAAUUCGGGUUGCUUGUGCUCAAGGAGAGAGUGGGAUCCGGUCUGUGGAGAGAAUGGGAUUACCUAUGUGUCCCCAUGCUUAGCUGGAUGCACCUCCUCCUCCGGCUCUGGCAGGAACACGGUGUUGGACGAUUGCAGGUGCGUGGCGAUGGCUAAUCCCCGACCGGGCAACUUGACGGCUACUUUGGGCCAGUGUCUCCGCAGGGACAGCUGUGACAAAAUCUUUCCAUACUUCAUGGCUCUGUCGGUCCUCAGCUCCUUCAUCAUCUCUCUUGGGGGAACACCAGGCUUCAUGCUGCUUGUCAGGUGCAUUAAGCCUGAGCUGAAAUCCUUGGCUCUUGGAAUCCACACACUGGCCACUCGUACACUUGCUGGAAUACCGGCCCCCAUAUACUUUGGAGCCAUAAUUGAUACAACCUGCCUCAAAUGGGGAUACAAGACGUGUGGAGGAAGAGGAGCUUGCAGAAUAUAUAACACCUCAGCGUACAGGAUAGUGUACCUGGGCCUGACACUGGGCUUGAGGACCGUCUCUUUCUUCCUUUGUAUUUUGGGUUUUGCUCUACUUAAACGACAUAUUAAGAAGGAGGAAAAAAUUGCACUGACCAAUGGAAAUGCUGAGUUGGAGUCGCUGAGGAAAGAGGAGAGCAGCUCGUUACACUGUGAGCAGUUUAUACUGGGCCCGGACUGCAACCCUGACAGAGAGACUCGCUUGUGAGCGAAUCCUCUGUCUCAGCUAGAAAAGCACCUCACAUGUACUGAGCAACGCACACUGUGGACAUUUUUCGUAGCACACAGAGUAUAUAUUUGUACAGGAUUUGUGUAGAUGUGCAAUAUCUGAAAUGGGUAAUUUUUUAAACAAGGUAUGCUGUUGCUGGACUGCAUACAUGUUGGUGUUUUUCAUCAAUGGAAGACUUUUGUAGAAAACAAGAAUGUAAUUGUGCUGUAUUUUCUGUGUUUGUUUUUAUGAUUAAAAUUGAUAAAAUCAAAGCUUGGAUUUAACAUGUAUUAAGGUGCCUGAAUAAGAUGGCUACUACCCAUUGCAUCAGUGUUCAUGGCCUUGCCUACAGUCCAUAUGGACACCAAACAGUAUUUCUGCAGCACACUUGGUUUAGGAACUAAGAAUGUGUCUGCACUGAGACAAAGGCUGCUUUUCAUUAUGCUAGUGUGUCUGCCCUCUUUUCUCACUCGUCUUUGUUGUUUGUGUUCUAGCUCCUCCCAUGAAGAUACGAGGAGUAGGAUGAAUCUGUGUCUUUGGUAUGUUUUUAAGGAAUCGGAAGAUGCUACAUAGUGGUGGAGGGGCAAGGAUUUCUAGGUCACAGGAGCAACGGGGAUGCAAGGAAGCAUAGGUUAUCAUAAUGAAAAGCACCCAAAGUGUUUCAGCCUGUGAAUGAACAAGGCCAACAGGCAGAUCAAAGCUAAGAGCAACACAGGAACAGAUUAUCUGGAUUGCAUACAGAGCAGGAACCAUCGCUCCAUGUGCAGAGGUAGCAGAAAGGUAACUGUAGUGAGGUCACCAUUUCAUACCAAAUCAACCUAAAAAACACAAAUUCUAAUGUUGAAUACUUUCCAGAACUGUAGCUUGAAAAACAAAGAUGCUAGUUUUGUGAACACAAUGUGAUUAUGUUUAUACUUGGCUUUGAUAAUGCCUGAUUGUACAGUGUGUUAUACACUGUCUAUAGUCACCAGUGUGCCUCAUCAUGAACCUCAUUACAUUUUGUUUUCAACAUAUAAUCUGUUUUUGUGUCAGUGUGGUAUCAGUCUUUUAAGCAACUCCAUCGGUGACUUCAGCAUGACGAUGACAAUUUAUUUAUUUUUCAUCCUCAUGCAUUUGCCAUAUACCAGUCAACAAAUGAUACUGCAAGAUGUCAAGUUUAGCUUCAUUUCUAAAAUCAGUCUAUCAAAUUGCAGGUAGGUAGGUAGAUCUACUACUGGAAAGUUGGUGUUAAAAGACAAAUACAUAGGUGACCAAUUGAAGGAAAAAUCAUAGUGUCUUAGAGAGGUGUUGGGCCGCUUCAAUGCUCCUCUCUGAAGCUCUACUGGAGGGAUAAACAGCAUUCUUCCACCAGAUAUUCCCUCAUUUGGUGUUAUGAUGAUAGUGGUGGAGGGCGCUGUCUGACAUGUCGGUGCAAAGUCUUCCAAAGGUGUCAAAUUGAGUAGAAAUCUGGUGGCUGUGAAGGUUAUGACAUCAUUUUCUCACUCAUCAGACAACUCAUGCCCUGUGAAUAAGGAGCCAAACCAUGGCAACAAAAAGAUCUCCAACCUCGCUGGAGGGGUCAAAAGGUUCAGAUUUUUCCUUCAAUUUGUCGUCAAAAAACAAAACAAAACAAAACAAAAAAAAACAGUUUUGUCUGAAUAAAAAGUUUAGAGUAAAUUCAAGCAGAGGUGACACACUUGUGUGACAGACACUUAUUGUUGUAAAAGCAGUGAUUUAGCAUUCAUUAAUACCAUGAAAAUGAUGAUAAAUAACCUCUAUUUGGCAGGUAUAAACUGGUCAUUGUGUGCUAACUGCAGGACAAUAUUGGGGUGCUCUGUUAUAUUAUGAAAAUCGUACAGUCAGUAAAAAAAAUCUUAGCAUUAGUGCUUCUCAGGUUUUAAAUGUUCUUAAAUAACAGUAUUCUUGAAGCCUGAACCCCUGAGUUACUGUUUCCCAUUCAUUUAGAGACUUUAAAAUAUUAUUACAAAAACAUACAAAAGACACUUAAUACAGAAUUUAGUAAUUCAGAGUUUACUACCCCACAAAACACUAUUGUUCAAUGUGUCCUAAUAUCAUACAAUUUGUCUUAUCAUAUAUAUUU